CUCAAAUGGACCCAAUUCAGAAGCUUUUCGUGGACUCUAUACGUCAGUACUCAGCAAAAAGCCAGGCAGCUCGGGGUCUGGUUGAUGCCAACUCAAAAUAUGAGAAGAAUUUGGCACAGGAGAUAGAAAAGCUUCAGAGAUUGUAUGGUGGAGGAGACCUUACAUCUUUCCCUGAGUUCAAGUUUACAGAACCCAAGCUGGAUGACGUUUCCUCGAAGUGAACGUGAACCGAACUUUUCUACCAUUUUCUGUACAUCUGAACUCUGUAGUGUAAUAUGAACAGUAUGCUUAAUGUUGGUUACAGUCUAUGUUUGCUUCUAGUUUUAUAGAACUGAUUCUAUGCCUUUCACAAGGUGAGCCGAAAGAUGUGAAUAAAGCUUUAGGUAAAAUGAG